AUGUCCACAAUGGGAAUAAUGGGAAAGUUAUCCAGGGAGAUUACCGCAAUUUCUGGUCUAUACCAUCCAAAUAUUAUCCAACUAUAUGAAUUGAUUGAUACGCCUGAUACUCUUUUCAUAAUAAUGGAAUAUGUGGACGGCGGAGAACUCUUUGAAUAUGUAUCCCAAAAGUCUCGUCUUCGCGAAGUAGAGGCUAUUAGGUUGUUUAGACAAAUUCUAUCGGCUGUAGAUUUUUGUCAUCGGAGAAUGCUGUGCCAUCGCGACUUAAAACCAGAAAACAUUCUGCUAGAUAAAUGUAUGAAUAUAAAACUAGGAGAUUUUGGGCUAUCAAAUUUCAUGAGAGAUGGUGAAUGCCUAAAAACUCCUUGCGGCUCGCCAAAUUAUGCCUCACCAGAAGUAAUCUGCGGCAAACCAUAUUCUGGUCCAGAGGUGGACAUAUGGUCAUGUGGAAUCAUAUUAUACGUUCUCCUAUGUGGAGCCCUACCGUUUGAUGAUGACGAAAUGCCCGUGCUAUUUGGAAAAAUAAAACUGGGAAAAUUCUAUAUACCUGGGCAUAUAACAAAAGAUGCUAAAUGGCUACUCUUACGAAUGCUAGAUGCUAAUCCACAAACUCGAAUAACUAUGGAAGAAUUGAUGUCACACCCUUGGCUAAAAUGGUACAUUGUCAGUCCAAACUUAUUAGAGAAGAAGGAAAUAGAAAAUGCCAAAAAAUCGAUUAUCACGAUAGAAACCACGGAAUCGCUGGAUCAACACUUCACAAUGGAUCCUUUCAAUCCUCACAAUAUUGCUGUAGAAAGUUCGAUAUCAAAUACAUUCACUCUGAACAAGGCUCCCCCAAGGUGGAAUCUGGGGAUCAUUGGAGUAAAACCCGAGGAUAGUUGCAUGUAUCAAGUUUGCCAAUAUUUGAAGGAAAAUAAUUAUAUUUGGAGGUUUCUACCGGGCUAUAGACUAUUGUGCAAACAUUCAGAAAAGGAAAUAUUCAAUUUUGUCAUACAACUCUAUAAGAUUAGAUACAAAACAUAUCUUAUCGAUGUGCAACUUUGCUCUGGAGUUAUAUUCCGUUAG